AUGGCAUUCGCACAUAAGAUUUACACUCAAGAUACAGGUAAAAUAUUUGAUAUGGAGCAUGCAUGGGUCAUUUUGAGAGAUGAACCUAAAUGGCAAUUUGAUUUCGUGCAACACAAUUCAAAAAGAGGGAAGGUAACGUCUACAUGUGGUUACUCUUCGUCUUCCAACAUAGAGACACCCAUUGAACUUGAUGAAUAUGAGAUACCAACGCCAACAUCCCGUCUGAUAGGACAAAAGGCAGCCAAAAGGAAGGCCAAAGGAAAAGAAACUUCCAAUACUAAUGUUGUUGAUUUUUCUGGCAUAGAAAAUGCAAUAAAGGAGAAAAAUGCCUAUGCAUCAAGACUAAUUGAGUUGAAGGAGGCACAAGAAAGACGUUUGGCAUAUGAAACCAUAAUGAAGGAUACUUCCAACAUGAAUGAGACUCAACAUGAAGCUCAUGAAAAGUAUUGUAAUUAUCUUAAAUAA